ACAGGGCACAUUCAGGCAGAGCCUGCACUCCAGCUUAGUGUUCAGUUAGGCACAGACGCUCUAGUCGCUCUCCCACUCUCUUCUUGGUUUUCAUUCGGACGUUUUGUUGGUGCCUAACAGAAAUAAGCAGCCAUGGAUGCCAUCAAGAAGAAGAUGCAGAUGCUCAAGCUCGACAAGGAGAAUGCCUUGGACAGAGCUGAGCAGGCUGAGGGAGACAAGAAGGCAGCAGAGGACAGAAGCAAACAGUUAGAGGACGAUAUAAGAGAGUUGGAAAAGAAAUUACGUGUUACUGAAGACGAAAGAGAUAAAGUGGUUGAGGAGUUCCAAACUGCUGAGGAAAAGCUGCUGACCGCUGACGAGGUCGCCACCAAGGCUGAGGGAGAUGUCGCUUCCCUUAACAGACGUAUCCAGCUGGUUGAGGAGGAGUUGGAUCGUGCUCAGGAGCGUCUGGCCACUGCCCUGACCAAGCUGGAGGAGGCUGAGAAGGCUGCUGAUGAGAGUGAGAGAGGCAUGAAGGUCAUUGAGAACAGGGCCAUGAAGGACGAGGAGAAGAUGGAGCUGCAGGAGAUCCAGCUCAAAGAGGCCAAGCACAUCGCUGAGGAGGCUGACCGCAAAUAUGAGGAGGUGGCCCGUAAGCUGGUCAUCAUUGAGGGUGACCUGGAGCGUACAGAGGAGCGCGCUGAGCUGUCAGAAGGCAAAUGCUCUGAGCUUGAGGAAGAGCUGAAAACUGUGACCAACAACCUGAAGUCACUGGAAGCCCAGGCUGAGAAGUACUCACAGAAGGAGGACAAAUACGAGGAGGAGAUCAAGGUCCUCACCGACAAGCUGAAGGAGGCUGAGACUCGUGCUGAGUUCGCUGAGAGAUCAGUAGCCAAGCUUGAGAAGACCAUUGAUGACUUGGAAGAUGAGUUGUAUGCCCAGAAACUGAAGUACAAGGCCAUCAGCGAGGAGCUGGACCACGCCCUCAACGACAUGACUUCCAUAUAAAUAUUUUACACCUCAUCAAAGACGCCUCCUGCCGGCUGAGCGGCAUCUGUCGGCUCUCUCCAGCCCUCUCUCUCAAUUUCCCCACCCCUUUUUGUCUUUGCUUUCCUUUCCUCCUCAUGUUUUCAUCCUCAUGUCAAAGUUAAUUGCAUCCCAUCACUUGUACAGAAUCCUAGAAUCUUUCUGCAUUGUGUAAAAAAAUAAACGUCCUUCCUUCUAUGUAAGCUGUAUCUCUUUACUCUGUCCUUUUUUUUCUUUUUAAUUAAUUUAUUUUCAAGUGGCUCUAAUAAAACCAGGAAGCCUUGAUUUUAAGUUCUGUUUUUUUCAUUUUGUUUCUGCAUCUCAACAAACCAUUAGUUGAGCUUUACCCUGCUUUCCUUGGUUCUUGUUUGUAUAUUUUCUUCAAAUAUUGUUCUGUGUAGCUGAGAUAUAAGGAUUAUCCCAGUAGUGCCAUGAGUACAGAAACCUAGAACAACUACAGGUACUUGAGCGAAAGCUGAGCCAAGUUGUCUUCUCUCUUCGCAUUUGAGCCUGAUGCAUGCAAGCACUUUUCAACAUUUAGUACUGUGACAGGAGGAGCUGACUGGAAAGAUUUGAGAAUUGUAGAGAAUUAGUGUUGGAUUGUUACCGGGAAGAUUGUGGUGAAGCAGAGUAAAGGGUGUAACAUGGAAUACAGAAUAGUAUGUCAGAUUUGUUGAGGCUCAUUUGGUUGCUGGAAGAAUUGGAUGGAUCCGUAAUUAUGAGACAUGGGCUUUGUAUGAUACACAGUAUCCUGUCAUAUAUUUGAAUAAAUACAACACAAUCACA